UAUACGUAACGCAAGCGAAGCGCCUGAGAGAAACUAAUAUCUCCGUCUGUUACCGUGCACACCUGCAGAUCCUUGGAGACAUUUGCAAUUUGUGACCACGCGUCACUAUCAUAUGGUUAGUUGCAGUUUUUACACUUUUCAUACAACGCAGCGGAUUAUACCUUCACCAAUCAUUCAUGCCAUAGUAUAUAAGGCAAGCCGCCAAAGCCCAAAUUCAGAACCACACCAAACCCACUCUCUCUCUCUCUCGCUUUCUCGGUGCCGGAGCUAUGGCGUCGUUCUCGUCUGCGAUCUCUAACCCUCGUCACGUUCUCUCUCAAAAGGCAUUGGCUCAUGACGCGAAACACAUGAAGAUCUGCGCCUCGCAUUGUAGUGCAUUUCCGCUCCAUUUUCAACGCUCUCCUAUUUGCAGGAUGAGUUUUAUUUCUCGUUUGGAAAGGAAAGAGACAAGAAAACCCCAAAUUUCAGCUUCAGUUACUGACACUACAGUGGGUAAAUCUUCUGAAAAAGUUAAGCUUCCUAAGGGUGAUAUGUGGUCUGUUCAUAAAUUUGGUGGCACCUGUGUGGGAAGCUCAGAAAGAAUUAAGAAUGUUGCGGAUAUUAUCCUUAAUGAUGAUUCAGAGAGGAAGCUUGUGGUUGUCUCUGCCAUGUCAAAAGUGACAGAUAUGAUGUAUGAUCUCAUAUACAAGGCUCAAUCACGGGAUGAGUCCUACAUAUCUGCAUUAGAUGCUGUUUUAGAGAAGCACAGAUCAACAGCACUUGAUCUACUUGAUGGAGAUGAACUUGGUAGUUUCUUAUCGCAGUUGCAUCAUGACAUCAGUAACCUUAAGGCGAUGCUUCGUGCAAUAUAUAUUGCUGGUCAUGCGACGGAAUCUUUCACUGACUUUGUUGUGGGACAUGGAGAGCUAUGGUCUGCUCAAUUGUUAUCAUCUCUUGUUAGAAAGAAUGGCGUGGACUGCCAGUGGAUGGAUACAAGGGAAGUUCUUGUUGUAAACCCUACUAGUUCUAAUCAAGUAGAUCCUGUUUAUGCAGAAUCUGAGCAGAGACUUGAGAAAUGGUACUCCAAAAAUCAAGCAAAGACAAUAAUAGCAACUGGCUUUAUUGCUAGCACACCACAAAAUAUUCCAACUACUUUGAAGAGAGAUGGAAGUGACUUCUCUUCUGCUAUAAUGGGUGCUUUAUUAAGAGCUCGUCAAGUUACAAUUUGGACAGAUGUUGAUGGUGUGUAUAGUGCAGACCCCAGAAAAGUUAGUGAGGCAGUGAUUCUGAAGACAUUAUCUUAUCAAGAGGCCUGGGAGAUGUCAUAUUUUGGGGCUAAUGUUUUGCACCCACGUACCAUUAUUCCAGUGAUGCGAUAUGAUAUUCCAAUUAUAAUAAGGAAUAUUUUCAACCUCUCUGCACCUGGAACAAAGAUUUGCCGUGCUGCUGCUGAUAUGGAUGAAGUUGCUCAGGGAUUGGAGUCUUAUGUUAAAGGGUUUGCAACAAUAGACAAUUUGGCCCUUGUAAAUGUUGAGGGAACUGGAAUGGCUGGUGUUCCUGGUACAGCUAGUGCCAUAUUUGAUGCUGUAAAAGCUGUGGGAGCUAAUGUUAUUAUGAUAUCUCAGGCUAGCAGUGAGCAUUCUGUUUGCUUUGCUGUGCCCGAUAAGGAAGUAAAGGCUGUUGCUGAGGCAUUGCAGUCUAGAUUUCGUCAAGCUUUGGAUGCUGGGCGUCUCUCUCAGGUUCAAGUUAUUCCAAACUGUAGCAUUCUGGCAGCAGUUGGCCAGAAAAUGGCUAGUACUCCUGGAGUCAGUGCCACUCUUUUCAAUGCACUUGCAAAGGCAAACAUCAAUGUGCGUGCUAUAGCUCAAGGUUGUUCUGAGUACAACAUAACUGUGGUAUUGAAAAGAGAAGACUGUAUAAGGGGCCUAAGAGCUGUUCAUUCCAGAUUUUAUCUUUCAAGAACCACGAUUGCAGUGGGCAUUAUUGGACCUGGAUUGAUUGGUGGCACAUUACUCGAUCAACUAAGGGAUCAGACAGCAACCCUCAAGGAAGAAUUCAACAUUGAUCUGCGUGUUAUGGGAAUCACUGGCUCAAGGACCAUGCUUUUGAGUGAUUCGGGCAUUGAUUUAGCUAGAUGGAGAGAGCUUUUAAAGGAAGAAGGAGAAAAGGCAGUCUUGGAAAAAUUUGUUCACCAUGUUCAUGAGAAUCAUUUUAUUCCGAAUACUGUUUUGGUUGACUGCACAGCUGACUCUGGCAUUGCAAGCCAUUACAAUGACUGGUUGCGGAAAGGAAUUCAUGUUGUCACCCCAAAUAAGAAAGCAAAUUCAGGACCACUUGAUCAGUAUUUGAAGUUGAGAGCUCUUCAAAGGCAAUCUUAUACACAUUACUUCUAUGAAGCAACAGUUGGUGCCGGUCUCCCAAUUAUUAGUACAUUACGAGGUCUCCUAGAAACUGGGGACAGAAUUCUGCGUAUUGAAGGCAUCUUCAGUGGGACUUUGAGUUACAUCUUUAACAAUUUUAUAAGUGGACGGACUUUUAGCGAGGUAGUGGCUGAAGCGAAGCAGGCAGGUUAUACCGAGCCAGAUCCAAGAGAUGAUCUAUCUGGAACUGAUGUUCGUAGAAAGGUGAUAAUUCUGGCCAGGGAAUCUGGUUUGAAGCUGGAACUCUCUGAUAUCCCCGUUGAGAGCCUUGUACCAGAACCAUUGAGAGCAUGUCCAUCAGCCGAGGAAUUUAUGCAGAAACUGCCACAAUUUGAUCAUGACUUGGCAACGAAAAGACAAAUAGCUGAGGAUGCAGGGGAAGUAUUGAGAUAUGUUGGGGUGGUGGAUGUGAUUAAGCAAAAAGGCGAAGUACAAUUGCGGACAUACAAGAAAGAUCAUCCAUUUGCCCAACUGUCCGGAUCGGAUAACAUCAUUGCUUUUACAACAAGAAGAUACAAGGAACAGCCUCUUAUAGUUCGUGGACCAGGUGCUGGAGCUGAAGUCACAGCUGGUGGAGUCUUCAGUGACAUAUUGCGGCUUGCCUCCUAUCUUGGUGCCCCAUCAUAAUGUCAAAUCCCAAGCCUAUGUCCGUUAGUCGUAAACUUUUUUUUUUUUUUUUUUCUUUUUUUGGGGUAAUUGUGAACUCUUUUCUUUUUAUUUGGUGAGCCCAGCCUUUUAUGGUAGCUCUUAAGAAAUAGUGUAGUUGUAUCGGAAAAAAGUGGGUAUUUUGUCUUUGGUCAAAAUGGAUAAUAAUUUAUUUUUGGUAAUUUUAUCCAAUAUUGCCAACAAAAA